AUGUUCCUCUUCUCGCGGGUGCUAUCGACAGCACGCCUGUUCUCGACGUCCGCCGCCGCGGCGUACCCCAAGCUCAAGAGCCAUUCCGGAGCGAAGAAACGGUGGCGGUCAAUUGCGUCGGGCAUCUUCAAGCGCGGCCAUGCAGGGCACAAACAUUUGAACGUGAACAAGAGCAUGGCGCGGAAGAACCGCCUGGCGCAAACCGCCUACUCGCACGACUCACAAACAGUCCGGCUGAAGAAGCUCCUGCCCUACGGCUCCCCAUAG